CGCUCCUUAACGUUUCUCCUCACUUGGCUUGCAGAGACAAACAAACCUACUAGAACAUUCCUUUACUCUUCUUCUUCUUCAAACCUCUCUCUCUAUAUAUAUAUAGUAAUGGUGACAAACUCCACAAUCAAAUUUCUAUGUAGCUACGGCGGGAAAAUCCUCCCUCGUUACCCCGACGGUAAACUCCGUUAUAACGGAGGUCACACUCGCGUCCUCGCCGUUCCCCGCUCCGUCUCAUUUUCCGAAUUAUCAUCCAAGAUGGCGGAGAUGUGCGGUUUCACCGUCACUAUCCGGUGUCAGCUCCCGACGGAAGAUCUCGACGCGCUCGUCUCCGUAACCUCCGACGAAGAUCUAACGAAUCUAAUCGAAGAGUACGACCUCGUCGGCUCCUCCUCGUCGUCGCCGAUGAAGAUCAGAGUCUUCUUAAAUCCGCCGAAAUCCGCGAAAUCGGCGGUUAGGCCUCCGUCGUUGGCGUUACCGUCUUCGAAUACGUCAUCGUCUUCCUCUACUUCGUCGAGUCCUAGAUCUCCGUCGAUUUCGAAGCCGCCGCUACCUCCGUCGCCGCCGAGGUUAACGGCGGUGAAGAGUCAGUGUUAUGGUUGUUACGUUCAUCGUAAUUCGAGGAAUGUGUAUCUCGUUCACAAUGGGAAUCACUGGCAAUAACCCUAAGCCGCACGAUCAGAUUUAAAAAUUAAAUAGUGAAGUAUCGAAUAUAUAUAUAUAUAUAUAUAAAAAAAAAGUUUUUGUUUAAAAAAAAUGUAAAAGAGAGAUGUCUCUCUAUGACGGUUAAUGACUCGUCGCCAUUAAUGAAAUCCUCCUAAAGCUUUUCUUUUUGUGGUUGACUGGUUGUUUGGGUGAGUUCUUUUAAUUCGUUUUUCUGUUUUUUUUUCGUUACCGUCAUCACUCUGUUUACUUGCCCUUGCAUUCUCCCGUCAAUGUUAGUGGAAUUAUCGAGUCUCGUAACCGUUCCGUUCACGUGUUAUCCCUGCCUUAUCUGUAAUCUUGCACCGUCACCGUUUAGCGGACGUCAUAACAUCUGUCGUCCGUUCCGCUAAUUUCUUGCUUCAAGUUUUGUUUUUUAUUCUAAAAAUGGUUUUGAUGAAUUUUUUUUUUUUGAACUAAAAAAGUUUUGAUGAACAUUCGCUUUUUUUGAGCUUUUUUUUUUAACAUUCGAUUUUUAACACCUGCUUUGUGUUGUGU